AUGCAUAUAUCUACUCUUACUAUCUUCACUAACAUAAUUCAAACCAUUCUCUUCUUCUUCUUCUUAAUUCAUCCAAUCAUUUUCAUAACUCAACCUUUUACUUCAAGUUUACACUUUUUGCUGCAAUUUACAUUAUUUCAAACAACCAUGUCUUCUUCUUCUUCCAAAAGACAUCCAACAUACCACGGAAUUCGAAGCCGGGGAGGAAAAUGGGUGACUGAAAUCCGCGAGCCUCGCAAAACCAACCGCAUAUGGCUGGGCACAUUCUCUACCCCUGAGAUGGCAGCCGCAGCUUAUGACGUUGCGGCUUUGGCUCUCAAAGGUCGGGAGGCAGUGCUAAACUUUCCUGACAGGGCUAGCAUGUAUCCCGUACCGGCUUCCAAUUCUUCUGAUGACAUACGCGAUGCUGCAACUGCUGCAGCUGAAUUCAUGAACGCUGAAUCCAGCAAUGACACUGGUUUUGAAGUUAAUCCUUCGUAUCAACCUGAUCAGUUUCUUGAUGAGGAAGCUAUAUACUCCAUGCCAAGUUUGAUGGUAGCAAUGGCGGAGGGAAUGAUGCUUUCACCUCCCAGAAUGAAUCCACCACCCUCUGAUUACUCACAUGAUCAAUAUUACACUAUGGGACAAAGUUUGUGGAACCAUUUUUGAUCUGUCAGACUGUCCCUCUCUCUAUAUAUAUAAUAUAAAUAUGAUAUAAUUACUCCUUUCUUUUUCCUAAUCGCAUAGCAUGCAUCGCAGUGAUCAUGACUAGCUAGGGAGUUUGUGUGUGUUUGGAUGCUUGUGGGAUCAAUUCGUUUAGGCCUGGUUGCAUUCGUAUCAGAAUUUUCGUUUACGUUUUUAUAAUAUAUGAGUCAUGAGUUUUUU